ACUCCAAUUUUGAUAUUUACAACCUGUCAGUCUACCGCAAGAAGAGGAGAGGAACGCCAGACACGGUUACCGGGUAGUGUCGUGACCUAAGGCCUAUCCAAAGAAAAGAACGUCGUGGCAUCGAGAAACCGGCCGCCAAGUUAUUCGAAAAUGGCGACUUCGCUGGCCCUCGAUACCACCCUUCUACGGCCUCCCCGCCGCCAAAUCCCUUCCUCCAUUUGUAGCAAUUGGACCACCGCCAACGGGCUUCUUGGUGGCCGGGGAACCGCUCCUCAGCCUGCUCGCCGGAAGUCGUCUCUCGGGACUCGGUUCCGGGCGCCAAUUCAAGCCCUUAUAGGAGAGGAGAAGAUUCCAGCUCCAUUGGUGAGGAUCGUCGCGGUGGUGGGGGAAGGAAGCGUCAGCCCGCUAAAGAAUACUCCCUGGGAGCAGGUCAUGCUUCACACGGCAAAUAAGUUAAAGUGGGUCGACGAGGGAUUUGAAAUGCUUGUAUUUAGCGAUAAAUCUAUUCAUUCUAAUGAUACAAACCAUGAAAAUCUCAGAAAAGAACUAGCUCAUUCAGAUAUGUUGGUCAAUGUUGCAAUCAAGAGUCAGCAAUCAGUUGAAUGGCUACAGACAAACAGUGCAAGCGUUCCAAAUGUCAUCUGCUUUGAAUCAUCUCCUUCCAUGAGAAACAAAUUAGGAGGAUCAUAUGCUAGAACAAAAGGAGAAGAAAACAUGUUUAGCAAAUUAGCCAACAUUGCAACAUCAAGGAGCAGAAAAGAAUCCUUAGAAGUUGUUAAAACCGUAUCAGAUGCUUGGGAGAGGCAUAAUUCUGAUGAUAUCAGAUUUUGUUUACUCGUCAUUGUUAACACUUACAUAAAACCUGUUCCAAUGCUGAAGAACUUAAGGGCCAAGGGACUCUCCACUCUUAAUUGCAUGGUAAAAAAUUGUGGCUCGAAGAUACUAAACUGUCUGCUUGAUCCCAACUGUAGGAAGGCUAUUCAGUGUUUAAAUACCUGUUCUCCAACGGAUCAGGUAUGCAAUUAUCUAUGUGUUGCCUCUUAUGAGAGUCCAAAUCUAGAGGGCUUUUCUCUAUGUGUGUUGCAAAAGAACAAUUGUCUUGAAUUGGAUGCCGAGAUCCCAAGCAAGCCCUCAGUAGCUCCUUUAUCCAUGUUCAGGGGAGAGGCUUUGACCCAUGAAAUUGCAGAAGACCUCUUUAUUGGUUGGUUGGGUGAUCUGGAUUGGAGUUGGCGGGUCAUAGCAGGCCAAAACCCAGCAUAUGACCAAUUUCCUUGUCAGUACCAACUCUUCUAUAGGGGAAAGGCUAAGGGGUCAUUUUGGUAUGAACCAGUUUUUCAAGUCAGGACCCUUGAAGGGAAACUGGUGUGGAGGAGAAGAAGGUAUCGAGUGAGGAGAGCAAAUGUUCCAGGCACAUUUUACUUCAGCGUGUUGGAUAAUGGUGUAGUUUCAAAAGAGUUUUGGACCAUCAUAGAUGUCUGCGAUGAUCUCAGCUGGGGUUUGUUUCAUUAUCAUGGAGCUGCUCAGGCUGCUGGGCUGUCCUAUACUGGAGCAGUGCUUGUCAGCCCUGAUGGGGUGUAUCCACCUGAGAUGGGAGGACGGAGGUUGGUUGCUGCUUUGAAUAAAUGCGGCAUAAAAGACUGGGAGCUUUAUACAGUUGAUAACUGCUCAUGUAACAACCCACCUUUAGGACUUCCUGAGGGUUCCAGUCUGCAUUGUCAGAUUGAGGCCAGGGAUUCGUGCUAUUGAUAAAAUGUGUGAUGCACUAUUAUAUUGUAAGAAGAGCUGGUUGGGAGAUGUUUUCUGUUUCUAGACCAGCUUGGUUUAUAAUGCUGACAUCAGAACUGUAAGGACUGGGUUGCCUUUUAUCAUGGAUUUUGACAGUACUCAGACAUACAUUUAGGCCUUUCUUGGAGACCCUGGACAUUCUGCUCUCCAUUAAUACGUUUGUCUCAUUGUUGACAUAUCGAUGAAUUUAUCUGAUAACAUAGGAGAUUGAUGAAGAUAAAGAUGGGAAUUCGAUAAUCAUCUCUGAGGUUUUCAGUGGAGCCAUUCUAAUAUUGGUUUCCUU